UCCUCCUCCUCGGGAGCAGCAGCGUGACGUUGCCGUUAGAGGUGCACAGGUUUCGCAGGGCUCGCGGGAGAUAACGUAGAUAGCUGGGUUAACGUUAUAUUUAUUUAUUUUCACACCUUUCUUUCCCUCCCCCUCCUUCUCCCUAAACCACACACACACACACACACAGCACAGGCUCCAGUGGAGUGAGUGAGACAGUGGGAUGUGGUUCGGUCUCUUUUGCUGUUUUGUUUUUGUUGUUAGUUUACGUUAGGGUUAUCUCUAUCUAACAGUUAUUUAUCUAUUUGGAAGCAGUCCGGUAGCCCAGCCCGCCUUCCUGCAGCAGAGCGGCCAGCUAUGUGAUUAACACGGGCGAUUUUACACCGGCGCGUCUGAUUUUCGCCUCCCUGCAGCAGCUCGACAGCAGCUAGAAGCUCCGCUGGACGCUUUUUUAACGUUUUUAAGCGCUGUGUGUGUGUUUAGGAAACAUGGGGCUGCCCGCUCUGGAGUUCAGCGACUGCUAUCUGGACAGCCCGCAGUUCAGAGACAGACUCAAGUCUCACGAGCUGGAGCUGGAUAAAACCAACAAGUUCAUCAAGGAGCUCAUCAAGGACGGCAAGGCGCUCAUCCAAGCCCUGAAAAACUUGUCUUCAGCUCAGAGGAAGUUUGCCGAGUCGCUGAACGAAUUCAAGUUCCAGUGCAUAGGGGACGCAGAGACGGAUGAUGAGAUGUGCAUCGCCAAGUCACUGCAGGAGUUUGCUGGAGUUCUCCAGAACCUGGAGGACGAGAGGACACGGAUGAUUGAAAAUGCGGACGAUGUUCUAAUCACACCACUGGAGCGCUUCAGGAAAGAGCAGAUCGGAGCUGCCAAGGAGGCGAAAAAGAAGUACGACAAAGAGACUGAAAAAUACUGUGGAGUACUGGAGAAACAUCUCAGCCUGUCUGCAAAGAAGAAGGAGUCGCACCUUCAUGAAGCAGACAGUCAGGUGGACAGCGUGAGGCAGCAUUUCUACGAGGUGUCACUGGAAUAUGUGUUUAAAGUGCAGGAGGUGCAGGAGAGGAAGAUGUUUGAGUUUGUGGAGCCGCUGCUGGCUUUUCUACAGGGACUGUUUACAUAUUAUCAUCAUGGGUACGAGCUGGCCAAAGACUUUAACCACUUUAAGACGGAUCUCACCAUCAGCAUCCAAAAUACGAGGAACCGGUUUGAGAGCACGCGGUCGGAGGUGGAGAGUCUGAUGAAGAAGAUGAAGGAGAAUCCGCACGAGCACAAGAGCAUCAGUCCUCACACUAUGGAGGGGUAUCUGUUCAUCCAGGAGAAACGCUCUUUUGUGUCUACAUGGGUGAAGUACUACUGCACUUACCAGCGGGACUCUAAGCGGCUCUCAAUGGUGCUAUUUGACCAGAAAUCUGGAGGCAAAAUUGGAGAGGAGGAGAGCUUCAUCCUCAAAUCCUGCACCAGGAGGAAAACAGACUCCAUCGAGAAGAGGUUCUGUUUCGACGUGGAGGCCGUGGACCGGCCUGGUGUGAUGAUAACAAUGCAGGCUCUGUCAGAAGAGGACCGCAGGCUGUGGAUGGAAGCGAUGGAUGGGAGAGAGCCGGUGUACAACUUGAAUCAAGACAACCAGAAUGAAGCCAUGGCCCAGUUAGACGUGAUUGGCUUCAAUGUCAUCAAGAAGUUCAUCUACGCUGUUGAGACGAGAGGCAUCGAUGAGCAGGGAUUAUACAGAAUAGUGGGAGUUAACUCCAGGGUGCAGAAGCUGUUGAGCCUCACAAUGGAUCCCAAAACGUUUGCUGAUGUAGAACUGGACAGCUCUGAAUGGGAGAUCAAGACCAUCACCAGCUCUAUCAAACACUACCUCAGGAUGCUACCUGCACCUCUGAUGACCUACCAGUACCAGAGGAGCUUCAUAAAAGCUGCCAAGCUGGAUAAUCCGGAAGCUCGUGUGGCUGAGAUCCACAGCAUUGUUCACCGCCUUCCAGAGAAGAACAAGCAGAUGUUGGAGCUGCUGAUGAAACAUCUGGCCAAUGUGGCCAGCCACCACCAGCAGAACCUGAUGACCGUGGCGAACCUGGGCGUGGUGUUCGGCCCCACCCUGCUCCGGCCGCAGGAGGAGACAGUGGCUGCCAUCAUGGACAUCAAGUUCCAGAACAUCGUGGUGGAGAUCCUGAUCGAGAACCAUGACACGAUCUUCAAAGACACACCGGCUCCUGCGGUAGGACCGACCGGCCUGCAGCUCAACCUGCCCAGGAGAAAAAGCACAGAGAACAAGGCCCCAUCCUGCAGCGAGAGACCCCUCACCCUCUUCCGCACCCCCACACACCCCGACAAAGACAAAGCAGCAGCAUUGACAGAUAAGAGGAACAGCGUGGUCAUGAACUCCAGUUCAGAAUCCCAGCCAACCUCACUCAACUGCAACAGCACUCACAACUGGAGCAAACUCAACAACCUGAGCAGUGGAGACGGAGAGCAGGACGGGCUUCUCCUGGCGAGACAGAACCGUCCCAAUGCACUUCAAAAUCCCAAGGGCCGUGGCAGUAUUUCAAGCAGCCCAGCUUCUCCCAGUCCCACCUCACCACGCUCCCCCUCCUGGCCGAUGUUCUCCGCCCCCUCCAGCCCCCAGCCGGCCUCCUGCACCUCCAGUGAAUCUUCCCCGCUCAGCCCCCCUCCGCGGAAGGCCCGGGCGCUGUACGCCUGCAAAGCUGAACAUGACUCAGAGCUGUCUUUCAUCGCUGGGACUAUAUUUGAGAAUGUUCAUCCUUCAAGGGAACCGGGCUGGCUAGAGGGAACCUUGGACGGACGGACCGGGUUAAUACCAGAGAAUUAUGUGGAAUUCAUGUAGCAGUGGACUGGAACACAGAAAGCUACUGCAACGAGCCGACAGAAGACUGAAAAGACAGCGGCACAAGUUUUAAAUGUCAUGCUUCCCAAAUCCAGAGGAAAGAUGUUGGGGGUUGUUUGUGCUAUGUUCAUGUCUGUUUGCGAGUGUCUGUGAGAAAGAGAGAGAGACAGAGAGAGUAAGUGAGAGAGAGAUUGAUUGAUGGUGAGAAUGCUAGGCUAGGCUAAUGUAGCUUUUUGCACAGAGCUUCAUUACCCUUCGCCCACAAACUGCACUGCCACCACAUCAAACAUCUUCAAACGCUGGUUUCAAGACGAAAAGAAAAGAAAAGAAGAGAAAAGAAAAGAAGAGAAGAGAAGAGAAAGAAAAACGACCUUGGGACCAAGAUGUUGCUGCUCCUCCCACAGUCUGAGCUUUGUUUUCAGGGGAUGCUUAAAUCACAAUGGAGACCCCUCUUCCCCCCCAACUUUCCACCCUCAAAGAACAUAAUUAUAAAUGUGAGCACUUACUGUUUGUCAUCGUGGUUCUGGGACACUACAGAAAGUGCAGGCUGCUUCCCUGCAGCCCCCCGGGGUCUUUUCUGGGGUCUUUGGAACUUUUGGAACGUCCCCUUAUCCUGCUCCAUUCAUUUCUAUACCUUUCUCUGUGAUAUGUUUAGAACUACUACUGCAACAACAACAAAAAUGUUUGUUAAAAAAUUGUUAAUCAUGGACACAAAGACUAAUUUGAGGUUCUCUGAUUUGAAGAACUUGCACUCUUUUGUAUUUAAGGAAACAAUUGUAAAAUAUACUUUUCAAUUUUCCUCUUCCUCUCUUUUUCUCAGCAGGUAUAUAAAAGGGUAAAAUGUAAAAAAAAAAAUGUGAAUCAAUUUUUGUCAUCUGUAAACCGCUCUUUUAUUUAUGAUGCAUUCUCUCCUGAUUUGUGUUCUCCUGAAGUGUAUUAACAUUGUAAAUAAUUUGACAAGUUGAUAAGGUAUAAUUUUUAUGUAUAAAAAAAAAAACAAAUUAUAUUUUGUACUCUAGCUUACUAACUUAAUUGUGUUUUUUGGGCAUCAAAGUUCUUUUUACAUUUUUUUAAAAAUAUAUAUAAUUCAAUGUUGGAGCCUUAAUAUUCUUUAGAAUAUUAAAUCAUGUGAUGAAUCAAUGA